AUGAGUCACGGCUAUCGCAUCGAGGAUUUUUACGUCUAUGGGUGGUCAACUUCCGGGUGCGAAACUGCAAUUGGCGUUCGGAAGCAUGGGAUCUUUUUCAUGUUUGACGUUGGUAUUGCGCCAUCCUGGUCGGUAAAUGCUGAACAUGUAUUCAUUAGUCACGGUCAUAUUGAUCAUAUUGGAGCUAUUUGUCAACAUAUGAGAAGGCGGGAGUUAAAUAGGCUACCCCCUGCUGUAUAUUAUCUUCUUCCUCAAUUAAUUGAACCAGUUAGGGCUCUCUGUCGAGCGUUUGGCCAAUUGCAAGAUGGAGAAAUGGAUUUCUUGUCUCAUACUCGCUUUGUGGAAAUGUUGCCGGGUUUAACAGUAGAGAUAAAUAGAAGGUGGUCGGUUGAAUGCUUUCGGACUGAUCAUGUUAUCCAAAGUCAGGGAUAUAUUCUUUUCUAUCAGAAUUACCAGACGGGGAUCCGCACUCCUGAAAUUGCAUAUACAGGAGACACUCGCUUUACAAUAUUCACUGAACCAGUUCAUCGAGAUAUCUUAAGAGUUAGGCUCUUGAUAAGCGAAGCCACUUAUUUGGAUGGCAGUGUAAGAAUGAAAAAGAGUGCAGAAAAGUACGGUCACAGUUGUAUCCAGGAUUAUGCUGAUAACGCAUCCUUGUUUGAGGACGUGGGCGCAUUAUUUCUCAUCCACUUCUCCAAUCGAUAUCCUGUGCAAGUAAUUAUGGAUCGGGUCUAUGGCUGUCUCCCAACGGAGCUAGGAAGGAAGGUGUAUUGCUCCUUAACUGCAAAGAGAGCAGCCAGACUUGAGCAUAGCGCUCCUACACCCUUAUGGUAA